CUCUGCUUUUUUCAUCAUGUCUCGAGGUCGAGGAUUCGGUCGAGGACGGGGGUCCUUUGGGGCUGGUAACCUUCCCCCAAUGGGCCUCACGCAUGCUGACGUCCAAGCUAUAUCACGUGAAGCAACGGCUAUGUACCCUCCCAUGCGCCCCCCAGUGAUGUCUGAAUUCACCGAAGAUGAGAAGAAAAUGUGUCAAUACCAGAUUGGAUAUGCAACGCGACUAAAGCAGUCGGCUUACUAUGUCGUGGAGGCAACAAAAUCCAAGGAGCUACCGAGGUACUCUGACAAAUACCGACCUUCAAGCAUGACGCAGCCGAAAUUGAAGCGCAAAGACCUCCACGAGGAAUUCUUCCCCAAAGAUAUAUUUGAAGACUACUUCAACCCCAGACGGAAAAAAGUUCCCAGGAUCAAAAAACAAGGAAAAUUUACUGUCAACCUAUCUGACUUGGAAGGAUCUGAAAAAUCGGCAGAUGAGGCUUCGGAGCUUGCAUCACAAGGCGACGGUUCUGAUUAUGAUGUUGAUGAGGAGUAUGACAACGACUAUGCAGACAACUACUUUGAUAAUGGCGAAGGAGAUGAUAUGGACGAUUUGGGUGGGGGUGGAGGUGGCGAUGGUGGCGGAGAUUAUGAUUAACCGCAAAUGCAGGGUCUUGUUACCUCUUAGAUACAAUCGCUUUCAAAUCAAUAUACGUUGAUUAAGUCGGGUUCUCUUUGAUUGCAUCGAACGAAAUUCAUUAAAACCUCCCCCAGAUCACAUUGGGGCUGAACUCUCACACUGCUU